AUGGAUAACAAUACAUUCAGCUUCGAAUCUCUGCCUCCAAUCACCCAGAUUCGAUUAACCAGUUUCACGGGGGAGUGCGGUGGACGGGUUUGCUUAAACACAAGUAAAAUAACUCCCCAACAGCAGAAUGGGCCAACAUGUGGGUUAGUCGCACUUUCAAUGUGCUUGGAGCAUUUCGGUGUUAAAACCAGUGCAGAGACGAUUCUGGAAAAAGCCAAAAGUAUGAAUUUCACGAAGCAAGGCGAAAUGUAUUCAGCGCAUUAUCUUGCUGAUCUGACCAAUCAUUUCCUUCCGAAUAGCGCUAAUGCUCGCGAAAUGCCAAAUGCGAAAGAGUUCACAGAUGCUAUCGGAGAAGGAAAGCAUAUUCUGGUUGCUUACGAUUGUGGACCCAAUUUCCAACCAGUUUAUGUGAAAGGGCAUUCUGCUCAUUGGCUUCUGGCGUGUGGUUUUGUUGAAAAGAAAGAAGACAAUGGGUUUGUGGAAACAAGAGAAUCAGUUGCAGAUCCAAAUGAAAUUGCAAUAAUUGGUUAUCAAGGGAAAAGCAAAAACCUCAAUGUUUUUCCUUUCAACGAUAUCAUUGCCAGCAACGCCCAACUUUUCGAAGCGGGAUCAAAACGAGAUCCUAGCGAGUAUAUAAUUCCAGACCCAAGCGACUUAUCUGAAAUUCGGAAUCGUGUAAUAGAAAUCGGAAUAAAUUCGUAG